CUUUUCUACACGCGCUCAACGUUUCAGAUAAAUGACAGAUAAAGGUGUCGGAUUGUGCCACCGCAGGUGAGGAGGCGCUGGUUCUGCUGAGGAGGCUCCGGAGGAGGAGUAACUGAUUUGGCGGGUUUCCAGCUGGGCCGCAGACAAACAUGGCUCUGUUUUUCUCCGGGGCCGUUACAAGUUCACCUGUGAAAAGGAGGCGGCCGCUGGCUGAUGGCUCAUUUGAGAGCAUCUCGCUCCUCUCCCCGGACUCCUCCUACUUGUGUUACUCCACCAACCCUGUCACCGGCUCCCCCUGCUGCUGCCGCCGCUCGCCCCGCCUCCUCACCAACGGCUACUACGUCAUGACGGAGGACAGCUUCUCCUGGGACGACGAUGGCAACGUCUCGCUCACGCCCGCCAAAACCAACGUGUCCUACAAGGAGAACCUCGUCAGAAUCUUCCGGCGGAGGCGAAGACCACGCAGGUCUUUGGCGAGCCUGCUGAGCGACAUGACGGAGACCUGUCAGUCGUGGUUGGACGAGAGGGUGUUCGGUGGCGUUUUCACCGCCCCGCCGACCGAGUCCAUGUGGAAGGAGACCACCACCGAGCUGGAGGACAGCUGCAGCUUCACCUAUGACCACACUGAGAUCAUCAGUCCUCCCGGACAAAGUGGCCCCGUCCCUCGAGCCCAUCUUCCAGAGGAAAUUUGCACCGAGACCUCACUCCAGGAGCAGUUCACCCAAGCGCUGGGCGGUCUCUCGGAAGUCCCGCCCACUUCGGCCUUCCAGACCAAAUGCUGUCUGAGCCCACCUCAGCCAUCAGGGUUGACCUCGAUGAAACCGUUCCUUCUCUUCAUCCUCACCAUCUUCAUCUUUACCACCAUACACUCGAGGUGCCUGCUGUGGGGGUUGGCGGUUGCCUCUGCGGUGUUCGUCAUGAUCGUGAUGUUUAUGCUCGUCACCAAGUCGGGCCCGGUGGGCACGUGGAGGAAGGCGAAGACUGAGGACAUCACGUCAAGGAACGAGUGACGGUACAAGACGCCGCUUGUUCUCCAUCUCCUGUGGGUGCAAGCGCACACAUCACGUGUACAUACAUAUGCCUUUGUUUUCUUAAUAGCACAUACAGAAUAGAGUAGUGUGGAAAACAAGGCCUGACGGGAGCGGGCGUGAAACUUGUUUUCCAUUUCCUCCACUAUUUGCAUGGUAGGUUGCACUUAAAUAACCAAGGGACGGUGAGCUCAGUAAGGACCGCCGCCGACGCCUCCGACGCUACCGGGACGAGUUCAAAACCACACGAUGACGAAAUCGUAAUCUAAAUACUUUUCCUGCACUAAAAGAAAAGGGGACCAUGUGGAGACGGGGCUGUAAUUCUUCCCACCGGGUUGGAGAUGGACUGGGGUUAAAGGCCGCGGGUCUGAAACGGACCCUCGCGGCCCGCUCAGUUGUGUGACGUCCCGAAUAACGUCAGCGCGUCCGGCCGAGUCCCUUACAGAGCUCGACGUCGCACAACUUGGAAAGAUGAGUUACCGCACCUCAGCGGCGUAUCCCAGAGGAGGAAGAAGAGUACAUUGACGUCAUCUCAUUGACGUAACGUGUCAGAUGUGUGUGUAUUUCUGCAGCAGCUGCAGGUUUUACCGGCAGCGGCGUAUCUCGGCUCGUUUUGGGCCGUCCAGCAUGACCGGUUCUCAGCCAUUCGGCAGGUAGAAGAAUUCAGGCCCACCGUUUAAAAGGUGACGUAUGAGCAAUAAGCGUCGCCGUUUUCUCUGCGCGUCGGAGAAAACGGCGACUUCCCCUCAACAAAACCCAAACGGACGACACUUCAAGUUAAAAGCCCAACCACCUCAGACUUUGUAAAUAGAGGAGGUGAAAGUGCCGUUUAUUUUCCUGAGAAAACCGGACGAGGGUUUUGUUUCAGAAUGAAAUGAUCGUUCGGCCUCGGGAGCUCUUGAGUUCAUCGGGUUUUGGGAUAUUGGAUCGACCGUACCUCCUCGGGGAAAGAGCGGUCAAGUUAUUUUGCAACAAAACUCUUCGUCGGUCAAGUGCCUUCUUCAUAGUCGCAGCCAGGGCGGUGGCAGUUUAGCUGCCCCGCCUCGUGCCUGACAGAACAGGGCUCUUAUUAAUAGACCGUGCUGAAUCUAGAUUCACCGCGGUACGCAGAACAACACAGGGAGGUCUCCGUGCAGCAAAGGCUGCAGAAAUAUGAAGUUAGCAACAGCCAGACCUGGUUUUAAUGCAUUUGCUGGUAAUUCUCUGUGUUCUCAGUUGUGCUAUGAGGAGCACCAGCGGGGCAGGUUUACAGUUUCACAUUGUCAGUCAAGAUGUCUGUGACAGGAAAUACUGCUGGGCGAUGUGGCCUGUAAAUAAUAAUGCGAUAUUUUUUAGGCUGUAUCGCGAUACCCGAUAUGGUAACACUUUAGUAUGGGGAACAUAAAAAAACUUAAUUACUAGUGAAUUAGUAAUGAUCAAGAUGUCACUUUAGUAUGGGGAACAUAUUCUAAGUAACAAAAACUUAAUUACUAGUGAAUUAGUAAUGAUCAAGAUGUCACUUUAGUAUGGGGAACAUAUUCUAAGUAACAAAAACUUAAUUACUAGUGAAUUAGUCAUGAUCAAGAUGUCACUUUAGUAUGGGGAACAUAUUCUAAGUAACAAAAACUUAAUUACUAGUGAAUUAGCAAUGAUCAAGAUGUCACUUUAGUAUGGGGAACAUAUUCUAAGUAACAGAAACUUAAUUACUAGUGAAUUAGUAAUGAUCAAGAUGUCA